CCAAAGACCGUAUAGGGGUUUGCAGCAAGCUAGCAGCAUCGCCGGUGUUAUUUCUGCAUUUCUUUAUUUAAUUCAAAAAGUCCUUUUUUGCAAUGCCCAUCGAAUUUAUGGAAAUUGAUGGCAAAUACUUGGAAGGUGGUGGUCAAAUUCUAAGAAACGCUUUAAGUUUUAGCUGUAUCUUGAGGAGGCCAGUACGUAUAGUAAACAUUCGGGCAAACCGUCCUAACCCUGGUCUAUCUAAUCAACAUUUGUUUGGAUUAAAUUUGUUGGUGCAAAUCACAGAUGCUCAAGUCAAUGGCAAUUACAUCAAAUCAACAGAAGUUGAAUUUAAUCCCAAUAAAAUAAAGGCUGGCAAAUAUUUUGUAAACACUCAAACAGCGGCAAGCAUAUCGUUGGUUCUACAAUGUGCCUUGCCAGUAUUAUCUUUUGCUGGAGCCCAAUCGGAAUUAGAACUUAUUGGUGGCACGAAUGUGGGAAUGGCUCCACAAGUAGACUUUAUGACUGAAGUAUUAAGGCCAAAUCUAGAGCAAUUCGGAGUAUCAUUUGAUUUCGAUCUCAUGACAAGAGGCUAUUAUCCUCGAGGAGGUGGUCGUUGCAAAGUUCACAUACCCCCAGUGAGAUGCCUCAACCCCAUUAGCUUAACCGACUUUGGCAAUAUACAGGAAGUCACUGGCUGGUGUUUUGCUGCCGGACGUUUGCCAGCUGAUUUGGCAAAAAGUAUGAAAAUAUCUGCAGAACAGGAAUUGAGUGUGUUAAGGGGCUCACAUCAGUGUCAAUUGGAGGCGUACAAGGAAUCUCCUGAAGUAGCACGAGACAAUGGUUCCGGUGUUGUACUGAAAGCUACCACCAAUACCAAUUGCACUAUUGGUUCAUCCAGUUUGGGUGAGAAAAAAGUAGAUGCCCAAGAAUUGGGAGCCAAAGCUGGUCGUGAUUUAGCACAACUGUUAUCCCAUCAAAUUUGUGUGGAUUCAUAUGUACAAGAUCAAUUGAUUUUGUACAUGGCAUUGGCAAAGGGGCAAUCUAAAAUUCUUACUACUCCUCUGACUAAUCACACUCGAACGGCAAUUUAUGUGGCAGAAAAAAUGUGUGGAGCCCGUUUUACUGAGCAGAAGCUUAAUGAGAAUCAAGUACUUUUGACAUGUAUUGGUAUUGGAUAUGUGAGUGAAAAAUGAACAAAUAAAUUAUGAUAAAAAAUAACACAAUAAUUAACUAAAUAA